GAGAUUGAGAAAGAUCCCUUUAGAAUCUUGGACCUCAUGACUACUCACGUGGAAUCAUUCAAAUCAACAACUAAUACUUCUUCUACAUCCCCACUUCAAGUUGAUGCACUUAAUUUAGUAAAUGAAUUCUGGAAGUUCAUUUACUCUGCUUCACUAUGGGAACCAUCGAGAUCCCUAAUAAGAAGAGAGAACUUCAAGAGAUCUUGUACAAGAUCCAAUCAUGAUGGUGAUAAAACUAUUCAACGAGAUUUGAUCUUUAAGGAUGUAAUGACAUUGGACACACAAAAGGUUGAAAUUGAAGCUGCUCGAGUCAACAAAGUUGAGAUCCCAAAUCUUUCCCGGCCUCACAACAAAAUUCAGAAAUCCUCCGUUUUGAAGAUGGACAAGGCUUCAUCGGACCCCUAG